GAGUCAUGUGCGAGAUACCGUGGCUGCCAUAAGCCUACUAAAAUACACACAUUUCUUUCCAAGUCGAGGAGAGAUAACAAUUAGUACGCGUCCUAUUCCAACAACAACAACAACGAGAUAACAAUUAGCGGUAUUUCAUUGACUUGCAAGCUCACCCACGCUGUCAUUAUGCUUCAAGUGCAUGUGGAAGUUCUAAAAGAGCCCCGUGGCUUUAUAAAGAUACUGCAGUUUCUUUUGGCGAUCCUGGCAUUUUCCACCACAGUGAGCUUCAGCACCUACUUCACGUUCCACGCCACGGUCCCGAACUGCCAGGGCGGACUGAACGAUGUUGUCAGAAAUACCGUCGAGUAUCCGUUCGCGCUGGACGCGGUGCUCAUCCGUCAGACACUCUGCUCCAGCCCGCCGCAGACGGCCAGCUUCCACUUCCCCACCGACGUGUCGCCCCAGGCCAAGUUUUUCGUGGCGCUCGGAGUCAUCUGCAUGUUGUACGCGGUGCUGGCGCUGGUCGGAUACGUCCUGCUGCACGACAUGUACAUCGGCAGACGCCUGAUCCCCUCUGCGGACUUUGUGCUGCACGCGGCUCUGGCGUUCCUCUGGCUGGUGGCGGCGGCGGCGUGGGCGGCCGGCAUGUCGACGCUGGCCGACGGCUCCGACCCGGAGCCGGCGCUCUCGCGUCUCUGCGACCAGCUGAUCGGCGUCCAGUGCUCGGUGAACGGAGAUGACCACCGUGGGUCGUUCGGGAAACUGAACGCCUCGCUGUGUUUCGGCUUCCUGAAUAUGUUCGUGUGGGCGGCCAACCUGUGGUUCAUCUUCAAGGAGACGAUGUGGUACCGGGCGCGGCCGGAAAACGCUACCACCGCGGCCCCCGCGCCCUCCGCCAAUGCCUAGUGGGGCUCCGGACGGGCUCAGAGAGGCUAUGCUGGCCGGUAGGUGGCGCCACGCGCCCGCCCGUAGAUCGCCAGUACCUGCGUAGGUAGCGCUGCAUGUCUGGCGCGGCGGCGGUCGGCCGCUGGCUGGCUCUGGUGACCAGCCGGCAGAGAUCGCCCCAGCCGCCGCGCCGCGCCAGGUAGCUAGUCCUCUGCUCGUGCCAACUGCCAAGCGAUGGUCCGUGGUGUCUGCAAAUAUUGUACUCAUCAUCAAAAUAUCGGCCAUGUUUUCUGGCCACGAGAAUUCAUGCGUAGUUUUUUUUUUUGUCAUGUGAAAAUGUUCUGUAAUCUUAUGUGUUCUUCCAGAAGUGCUCUUCCAAUCAAUACUGCCAAAUGCGAGAAAAAUAAUCAUAUAUUAGACUGGGUUCAACAUUGAUCAAUGUCCGAAGCACAAAGAGGGUCUUAAGAGCAAUGUCUGACCAUUAACCCGCGCCCGGCUGGGGGUCCUGGAUUUCCACGCCCUGCUGGGGGGGGGGGGUGUUUGAACACCCCCCCCUUCUAACUCGGCUCCUGGGCCACGUAGCGAUACGCGGAAGGCGGCGUUCGAAAGAGCGUAAAAAAUAAUGACGAAAUCACUUCGGUCAAUUUUUUGGUCAGGUCAAAGGUCAGGUCACCAGAGGUCAUUGAAGGCAAAAUUUCGCCGAUUUCCAGGUCGAAUGUCGACAAUUUCCAAGAAGCCAACACAUAACUCGGGAACCAAUAGAGCUACAGCGCCGCGGAAAAGCGCAUUCGAUAGCUCUAUUAACGCCCUUUCUGAGUAAUUCUCUCAGAUUUGACCUAACGUCAACGGUUUUGCCUGCAGGGGGCAAAAACUGCAAAAAUAGCCGAUUUUUUUCGGAAACAGUUUUUCUGCAAUAACUUUUGACCCAAGCCAUGUACGAGCUUACUUUUACCGGUAUCGUGUUCCUCUCGUCAAGACGCAUCGAAUGAACUAUAACUUGACCUUGAAAGGUCAACUUGAAAAUUUGACCUCAGGUCAAGGUCAUGACCUGACCGGAAAGGGUCAUGUUGCAUAUCAGUCGAUCCGUAUCGUCGAGCUGAACACAGCUAAGGCGUUUUCAUCGCUCUAGCAUGCGUGUAUCAAAAGUUAUUUGCGAAAAACUGUUAGAUACCAUUCGUGACCUAAGAUGACCUCAGGGCAUAAACAGGGGUCACAGACACCAUUUUCAUGUUCAGUGUGUCUAAACCACUUGUAAUUCAGUGUUUGGGAGUGUUCAUAAUGUCUUUCGUCCAAAGGAGGCGCAUUUCAAUUUUCUCCCAUUGACUUAUAAUGGGGAGGUCGCAAAAUUGACCUGACCUUAGGUCAUCGAUAUCAAAAUUCUGAGAUAUACAUUUUGUACAUGCUAUUGCUCUUAGCAAUCGCUGAAAGUUUCAAAGCGAUCGGUCACUCGGUGUAGCUAUGACAGACAUUGAAACUUUUUAUGAGGUGAGGUCACUUCAAGUGACCUGGUGACCUGACCUUGAAUGACCUUGGUCUGAAAUUUUCACAACAUGUGUAGAAUUGAUGUAUGAUAAGGUGUACCAAAAACGGCGGCGCUCCGCGCCGCCGUUUUUGAGAUAUUCGCGAAAAACCACAAGGGGGGGUGUUCAAACACCCCCCCCAGCAGGGCGCGGGUUAAAUGGCAUGCCAUUCAGCUCUUCAUACGAAUAAUCGCGUACACUUUUCAUCCGAGAUACACCGCCUGAUUAUCUUUGGGGAUGGAGUGGGACCUGGAAUGGGCAAUUCCAUUGCGCUGCCAAACAUUUAUUUGCCUUUGAAUUUAUAUCAAACCGUUUUCGUACAUCUUAAGACCAGUUAGCUGUUCCGGCCUUGUGGGGCAUUGCCGAUGCGAAGGCAUCGCGCGAGUCAGUUGCUGAGGUUUCUUGUCGCAGCUCCCGGUUUGGCCAUACGCCUUGCGUAGUGUGCAGAGGCCGGGUACUGGAUAAACCGUGGGCCCGAGUGGCCCAGUGAGCGUGGACUGGGCCCAAAAUAACAUUAGGCGCGCCAUGAAGCACACAGUAACAGUCGGUGAGGUACACCUCAUAAUCUGCAGCCGACUGGACGAGUGAUCGGUGUAUCAUGUAACCACUCAGCUUCGCCCCGAUUUGUCGUGAUUGUUUAUAAUUGUUUAGUUAUAUUCGGUGUGAAGGUGAUCGGUCGCGUCGGUCGCGAAAGUGAUGCGGUCGUGAUCGGUGCAAUCUGUCCUAUUAGUGGCAGCUGCGUCCGCUGCCCGACAGUGUGUUUGCGUGUGUGUCUGUCUGUAUACUCUGCGUGCGGAUAAUGCGUGCCGUCUUAAUACUGGUAUUGUUCCGUCCUUUGUGCUUACUUUGGGUGGACAUCGGCACUUCGAAAUGGCGGCGUCGUGGCUUGGCACAUUCCAUGAGGUGGAUAUUCACGGCCCAAUCACUUAAUGCUAGAGAUGAUUCAUUCCGGUAAAUGCUCGAAAAGAUUAUGGCUUUCUGUAUUGAAAACAUGCUUUACUUUUAUCACCCAGCUGUUCGCCAUUGUUUAUCGAAGACAUCGCUUUUCAGGUUUAUGAUUGAACAGUUCACCAACUCACGGCUAUUCUUUUUGGGCGUUUGUGUCAUUUUUGAGUCGGCGACUCCAUUCCAUUUUGCAUCACUGGUCCUUCCUUUCCAUCUCCAGCUGUUUCUCCGUCUCGCGUCUUCGUCCGGUUUCCAUACAUUCCUCUCAGUUUGCCGCAUCAUGGCCGUAUUUUCUGACUUGUGUCUGCUGUACCAUAUAGCCUGGCGUAUGCGGCACAGUAAGUGACCUUUGGUCUGUAGCAUGGUCUUGUGGCGUGGCCACACCAUGCAGUGCCGGUCCCGAAGGACCUCCACCGAAGUCUUUGUCGAUGCUAAACCGACGUCACGGGCCUCUGCCUUCCUUCCAGAGGUGCUGUCAUUAACGUGUGUGUCAUCCCCGUUCGCUUAUCGGAAGGCACCCGUGCUAUGAAGCUGUUCCAGGGUUCAAAUGCUGGUCUUGCCUGGGCGAUAGUUAGCCGUGUGCCUUAGAUGGACCAAUCAGACAAAUACAUAUAUCACAUGUG